GUUUAUUAUUUUCGACGGAGGGGGGUUGACCAGGACUGCCUGUUCCUUCAACGACGCCGACGAUGUUCGCGAUGGACCUGCGCAAGACGGGGCUGGCGCUGCUCGCGCUCGGGCUGCUGCUCCUCGCCUUCCCCCACCUCGGCGCGCUCAGCACGCUCCUCUACACCUACCUCGCCUUCCCGCUCAAGCACACCCACGUCCUCGGCGCCGCCGACGGCUUCGACCUCGCCAACCUCACCCACCAAGCGUCCCUGCUCUCCUCGCCCUCCCCCUCAUCGCAACCGUACACGACGCCCGUCGUGCCCAAGAUCAUCCACCAGGUGCGCCUCGGGAACCUCACGAUGCGGCCCAAAUGGCAGGAAGCGCACGAUGCGUGCACCGCGCUGCACCCGCCCGCCGCAGGGUGGGAGUUCCGCGUGUGGGACGACGCCGCGGCGGACGCGUUCGUCGAACAGCACUACCCGCAGCUCUUCGCGACGUACCGCGGGUACCCGUACGAGAUCCAGCGCACGAACAUCCUGCGCUACCUCGUGCUGCACCGCUUCGGCGGGAUAUACAUGGACUUGGAUUUAAGGUGCAUAGAGCCGCUGGAUGGCCUGCUGGGCGUCGAGUUCCUCACCCCGCCCGCGAACCCCACGGGCGUGAACAAUGCGUUUAUUGUGGCCAGGCCGAAUCAUGGGUUUUUGGAGUUUGUGGUGGGCAAGGUGAAGAAGUAUGAUUUGCGCUGGGGGAUGCCUUACGUCACGAACAUGUUCUCGACCGGCUGCCAGUUCUGGUCGACGAUGCACACGCUCUACCCGCACCGCGAGCAGCUCACGGUGCUCCCGCAGGAGUACAAGCUGAACGGCCACGUCCUCACCCCGCUCUUCGAGCACCUCGGCGCGUCCUCGUGGCACCGGUCCGACGCGCGGCUCAUCCUCCUCAUAGGCAAGACCAUCGAGUCCGUGAAAUCCUCGCCCGUCCUCGUCGUCGCGCUCCUCUUCCUGGCGUCGUCGUGUAUAUUCCUCGUGCUGUUUCAUCGGCGCCGCAGGGGGCACGGGUAUUCGUAUUCCUUACUGCCCACGAGGGCGAGGGCGGGGAGGGAGAGGGGGAGUAUUAGUGGGAGAGCGGUCGUGUUGGUGAUUGAGGAGGAGGGGGAGAGCGUUGAGAUGAGCCCGAGUAGCAGCGCGGGGCCGAGCUCGCCCCGCGGGAGUGGGGCGGGGAGGUGGGAUGUCGAGAAGGGAGGGCGGUGAGCGUUUGGGAGGAGGGGGGGUCUAUGAUACCUUACGAUUCGUGAUUGCAUUGCUUUGAGUUUGCGAUUGUAAUUAUGUGCUAGUAUUACUGUGUGUUGCAAUACGAGUACCUGUUUGUUUGUUUUGUUUGAUAGUGGAUGUACUAAUACUAAUACCAAUACCAAUACACUCUCCACCUCGACUUAGCUUCGAUUCGUGCAGUGGAGGUGAGGGUUAUCUG